AUGGCGCCUCUCCUCCUGCUCUUCCUCCUCGGCGGCCUCUGCGCCCUCUUCUCCCUCACCACCUCCUUGCGUGCCAGCUCCAAGAAGUGCGAGGACGUCAAGAGCGGAGACGCCGGCGGCAAGGAGCCAAGAGGCAGGGACGGCUUCGUGCCGGAGGAGACGCCGCAGCAGCAGCAGCAGGGGAAGAAGCAGGCGCGGGCAGAACCGGAGAAGGACCUGGGCAUCGUCUUCUCCACGUUCGACCACGACGGCGACGGCUUCAUCACGAUGGUCGAGCUGGAGGAGUCGCUGCGCCGCCUCGGCAUCGCCGUGUCCGCCGACGAGGCAGCGGCCAUGGUCGCGUGCGUUGACGCCAACAGCGACGGGCUCAUCGACAUCCACGAGUUCCGCGAGCUCUACGACUCCAUACCCAAGAAGAGGAAGCACCAGCACCCCGCCUCCGCCGGCGGUUUCAGCGGGGCAGCGAGGGAGGUGCCGGUGGAGGGCGACGACGAAGAGGCCGAGGGGGAGGAGGAUGAGGAGAGGGACCUGCGGGAGGCGUUCGACGUGUUCGACGGCAACAAGGACGGGCUCAUCUCCGCCGAGGAGCUCGGCACCGUGCUGGGCUCGCUCGGCCUGCGCCGCCAGGGCAACGGCCGGCCCGCCGUCGCCGACUGCCGCGACAUGAUACGCCUCAUCGACAGCGACGGCGACGGCAUGGUGUCCUUCGAGGAGUUCAAGCGCAUGAUGGCCGUCGUCAAGGCCUAG